AUGACGAUAGCAUAAUCCAUUCCGGCAUGCAAAACAUGCAGGCAUGCAUGUAACUCUAUCAAAGGGAGUGUGGCCCCAUCCAUGCAGCAGCAACAAACACAAUAUUUACAAUGCAGACGGACAGAGGCAAGAGGGUCAAGACAACACACAACACCGGGUAUGGUAUCUCAAGAGACGGACACACACCUGCUAACCAAACAGAUGGGCAAUAUCAUGGGCAAUACAACCAAAGAUUCAAUCAGAUCAUCGAUCGCGCAAGAACCAAGAAUGAACUCAAUGCAAGAAGAUGACGAUGGCCGAGCCGGCGAACAGAAAACACGCAGUGAACGGAACGCUCGAUUCUUUUGCCAGCAGAGUGAAAAGCAGAUGCAAUAGACAGACAGGUGGUGGUGGUGAUGGUGUGGUGGUUGUUCAAGCAGGGUGCGGGCACCAUUAGACAGGAGGAAUCUGGCAGUGAACAUGUGCAAGGAACAGAUAGAAAAAGCGCAGCUAGCUGUACAUCCCAACGGGGAGAAGGAACUUUUGCAGAAUGC